CCAGCACCCACAGACAAGCUUGACUUACUUUGGAACGUAGACCUACACUAGAGAUACCACAGAGCCAUGGAACCAAAUCCAACCAUCAAAUCCUACGUUGGCCUCACCGGCACACCCCUCCUCUACGCAAUCACCUGUGCUUGCUCUCUUGGUUUCCUGCUCUUCGGGUACGACAACGGCGUCUUCUCCGGCCUGACCACGGAUCCGCUCUUCCUCUCCGAGUUCUCCUACCCCAACUCAACCCUCCUCGGCUUCAUCGUCGCCGUCUACGAGCUCGGGUGCCUCCUGGGUGCGCUCGGCUGCGCGUGCUGGGGCGAGCACUUCGGGCGCAAGACCAUCUGCGCGUGGGGGUCAGCCGUGCUCAUCGCCGGCACGAUCAUCCAGACCGCGAGCUUCGGCCGCACGGAGCUCAUCGUCGGGCGCAUCGUGACUGGUGUCGGCAUGGGUCUCAUCACGAGCGUCGUGCCGAUCUGGCAGAGCGAGACGACGCCGGCGAAGCUGCGCGGGCGGAUGAUCGCCGUUCAGCUGUCCAUGCUCAUUGUGGGGAUCGUGGUUGCGUACUGGAUUGACUACGGGAUGUCGCUCAAGGAGAGUUCGAUCCAGUGGCGCUUCCCGAUCGCGUUCCAGGUCGUCUUCGCGUUCGCGCUUAUCGCGUUCUGCAUAGUACUCCCAGAGUCACCCCGCUGGCUCGCCUCGCACGGACGGUCCAACGAGGCGCUCUCUGUCCUUUGCUCCCUCCGCAAUGCACCGCCCUGCUCCCCGCUCGUCUCGACCGAGUUCAACGAGAUCCAGUCCGCCAUCGCGCUCGAGUCAUCCGAGUCCGGCACGUGGAAGGACGUCUUCACCGACGGCGGCAUCAUGGGCUGGCAGCGCACGGCCAUUGCGUGCGGCGUGCAGACGAUGCAGGAGUUCACCGGCACGAACAUCAUCACGUACUACGCGCCGUACGUCAUGCAGAACUCCGUCGGGCUCGACCGUCACCAGAGCCUGCUCCUCAGUGGCGGGCUGCAGUUAUUCUUCCUAGUCAUGUCAUUCAUACCGUGGGUGAUCCUCGAUAAGGUUGGACGGAGGAGGCUGUUCGUGUUUGGCAGCUGGGGGAUGGGCAGCUGCAUGCUCAUUUCGGGGAUCCUAAUUAAGGUCGGCGGCAGGAGUAAUGGGAUUGGGGCCGUAGUUAUGCUUUACUUGUUUCAAGGGUUCUUCACUAUUGGGUGGAUGUCAAACAUGUGGUGCUAUCCCUCGGAGAUACUCCCGCUGCGCAACCGGCAGCGCGGCGGUGCCCUCUCCGUCGUCUUCCAAUGGCUGACGACAUUCCUCGUCGUUGAGAUUACGCCCCCCGCGCUCUCCAACAUCGGCUGGCGUACAUAUAUUAUCUUCGCGGUGUUCAACUGGGUGAGCAUCGCCAUCGCUUGGUGGUGGUUCCCCGAGACCGCUGGGCGGACGCUGGAGAGUAUCGACUUUAUGUUUGCGGGCGCGAAGAGCCUCAGGGAAGUGGUGAAGCAGUCUGUGGUGAGGGCGGAUAGCGGGCUGGAGGCGGGGGCCCCUCGGGCGUAUGAGAAAGGCGAGGUGGAAGUGACAGAGAAGGCUGCUAUUGAACAGCUGGAGUGAAGUGGGCUUGCGGUGUUGCUCUGUAUAUGUAUCACAUGGCGGUACUGGUGUAUGUUAUCGAAUGUAGUGUAUCUCUCAUAAUGGUACUGCUAGUAUCUGCGACUGCUAAGCAC